AUGGGGGCUCUGAUAAGGUUCUGGCGUCGAUCGUAUGGCGCGGACUAUUCCAUUCUUAUAUUCCUCGUUCUUGCGUGGGUGAUGCUACAACUCUUCGUUCAUCCAUUCUACCAGCUAUUCAGCCUGGAUAAUACCUCCAUUCAAUACCCCUUUGCCGUCGUCGAACGGGUACCAGUCCUAUGGUCCAUCAUAUACUCCGGUAUAUUCCCUCUCCUCGCAAUCGGUUUCUGGUGUGCUCUCUUUCGACCAGGAAGCCACUUUGUCCAUGUCACUCUUCUAGGUCUCCUCGCUUCGCUGCUGGUGACCAUCUUUAUAACCGAUUUAAUCAAGAACGCCGUUGGCAGGCCACGGCCGGACCUGAUAUCACGGUGCAAACCAGAUAAGGGAACGCCAGAACAUACACUAGUCGACUAUACUGUAUGUACAACAACAGAUCAACAUAUUUUGAAUGAAGGGUGGCGGAGUUUCCCCAGUGGACAUAGUAGCUUCGGGUUCUCGGGCCUGGGCUACCUUUCCUUCUUCCUUAGUGGCCAGCUCCGGGCCUGGCGCCCACGAUCUGGCCUUGCUCGUCUUCUUGUCUCUCUAUCUCCACUGCUCGGAGCACUCAUGAUUGCUAUUUCCCGUAUCGCUGACUACCGCCACGACGUGUAUGAUGUGAGCAGUGGAUCAAUUAUAGGUAUAGGGACGGCGUACUUAGUAUAUCGCUGCUAUUACCCUUCUCUGUGGUCCGCGGAUUGUGAUAUCCCUUACCAUCCCGACGACCAGGGGACGAUGCACGGCUUCCAGCGAGUCGGUGACGAGGAGCAGGCGUUUCACUCACGAGUGUACGAGUGCUCUACAUAUCUCUCGCAAUGA